AUGUUUAAACCUUUAAUCAAGAAAGUUCGCGAAAAAAGUAAUAAUCCAAGUAUCUUACCAGAGAACAGUUCAGACGAAGGAAAUGACAAUAUACCUAAAGACCACAAGAACAGCUCUAAUCAGGAAAAUUCCUCAUCAUCGCGUGCUCAUCGCCGAUCUGAUUCCAUUGUUCAACAAACGUUGACAAACAAGUCAAGACCUUCUUCAAUUUCCAAUGAACCAGAUAACAAAGAAGCAGCAGUAAAAUCUUUAUCCGAUGUUUUUUCUACUCUUAUUCAAGAACCAAUUUCACUUGAUAACUAUGUACAAGUUCUUAAAUCGUGGAUGGACUCAAAAGAAGAAAUUCUCCAACAAAAAGAUGAUACUAUUCAAAGUUUAUUAAAAGAAACAGUAAAUCUACAAAAUGAACUCACUUUAAUGAAAAGCCAAUUUACCGAUUUCCAGAAUUCAAAAGAGAAGAAUACAAAUGAUAAUACUGUAAAGGUGCCUUAUUUACAAAAGCAAAUCGAUUCUCUUCGUUUCGACAAUGAAAAUCUUAAAUUAACAAUAAAAUCUUUACGAGCACAAUUAAGUGAUGUUGAAGCAGAGAGAGAUGAUUUACUUAUAAAAUCAACUGAUGUAUCGCCUCUAAAGUCUAAUGAUAAUCUUCAAAAACAGCUUGCUAAACAAAUAGUGGAAAGUGAACAACAGAAAAUUGAAGUAGAACAUUUACGACAAGCUCUUAUUGAACGAGAUGCGAUUAUUGAACAACAAGAUAAACGUUUACUAGUCGAUCAUGAUACGCAAGCGAUACAAACAGAUGAAGAUAAAUCAUUUGUUCAAGUACUCGCUGAACCAGAUGUGGAUACCAUUGGUAAAUUGCAAAUUGAAUUAGAUGAGAAAAGCCGAACCAUAAAAAACUUGCAGCAACGUUAUAAUGAUCUUCGCAAAACACUUCAACGAGAAUUUCAUGCAUCCAUACCCAAAGAUCUCAAUCAAAUGGCACCAUCAAAGCCUAAUAGUGCUACUCAAUCGCCACCCACAAAUCUUCCAUUGAUUCAUUACGAUGAAUCAGCAACAUCACAGAGUGAUGUCGAUAUAGCUAAACGAGCAUCAACCGCCCGACAAAUGACAGCCGUUCGUAAAAAUGUUACAUUCACAUCUGCUACAACAGCUAUAUCGUCAAGCCCAGCAAUUUUACCACAUACAUCAGUUGAAUCGAGUUCAGCAAAAUCACAAAAGAAUGGCCAACGUUCAUCGAUCGAUGGACAAACGACAUUAAACGGAACAAACUUUAAAUAUCUUAAACAUGUUUUACUAAAAUUUAUGACCGCAACUGAAGAUGAAGCUAUUCACCUGAUUCGUGCCGUAUCUACAUUGCUCAGUUUUUCCGCCGACGAAGAACGUCUUCUUCGUGAAACACUUGAUUAUAAAAUGUCGUGGUUCGGAAAAGUAUCACGUCAUAAGCCAUUGACACCCAAUUUAAAUUUUUAA